AUGGAUGCCGUUGAACAGCACGACGCUUUUUUCAACUCCUUCAACCUUGUGAGAGGCCCCUGUCUAGGGAGUGGCGCCGUAGGAGAGGUUGUUCUGGCCUCGGCCAAACACAACUCGUCGUUGAAAGUAGCGGUGAAAAUCGUAACUUUUGAGACGGAGGGGUGUAGAUGCGACUUUCUCUCUGAAGUCGGCUUCCUUCGCGAUCUGCGCCACCCCCGCAUUCUCAAGAUGAUGGCGUUUGCUAUGGAUGAUCACCACGGCUUCAUGUUGUCGACAUACUUCAAGAACGGCACCCUUCGCGACACUAUGUCGUCCGACCACCCAGUGGAAGAACCACGGAUCCUCCGACACAUUCUCGACGUGGCCAGCGCUCUGCAGUACAUCCACGGUCUCCACAUCUUCCACCAAGACGUCAAGCCGAGAAACGUUCUCUUGGAUGACCAGGACCGUGCUGUUCUGGCAGACUUUGGAAUCGCAAGACAGGCAAGCGACAGCUCCACGAUGGUGAUGAAGUGGAGGACUACACCCGGCUAUAGCGGACCCGAGACAAGGAAAAGGCGGCCUAUGAGUCCUUUCAAGCUGGAUAUGUACAGCCUGGGAGUGUGCAUGUGGAUGCUGAUCUACAGGCAACGCUCAGUAGGCAUCAAAGACCUUUUGGCCUUCUCAGACCAGUGCAAGAACGUUAAGGAGCCGUACAGGAGGAUCUUACGCCAGCUGCUGCGUAAGGACCCCAACAAACGCUGGAGCGCCGCCGAUCUGUUGAGGUUCUGCCUGGAUAUGUACAGCCUGGGAGUGUGCAUGUGGAUGCUGAUCUACAGGCAACGCUCAGUAGGCAUCAAAGACCUUUUGGCCUUCUCAGACCAGUGCAAGAACGUUAAGGAGCCGUACAGGAGGAUCUUACGCCAGCUGCUGCGUAAGGACCCCAACAAACGCUGGAGCGCCGCCGAUCUGUUGAGGUUCUGCGUGUGGAACUCACUCUGCGCACCUUCACUGAUGAGCAGCCACUAA